GACGGCAGACGCCUAUAGAUCCUAUCAAUAAUCAAGGAUUUCGAUCAAACGCAAUUCGAUCGAGUAGGAUAGCGUAGGAUUUAAUGCAAUUCAAUUCUAUAUCAAUGGAAACGAGAAGAAAGGGAGAAACGAGUGCAUGAGUAACGACAGCUACCCGUGCGUUAGGUUCCUUCGGGAUAUGGUCUAAAAUCGGUCUCGGCUUAAACGAGAGCAGUAAAUCGUCGCGCUUUUUCAGAAGAGACAAGGCGCUCCCUCGUCUAUCUCUCUGUUUUUCGAGGAGAUGCCGAACAUAGUUCGAAUACGUUGGCCCCUUCAUCGUGCAUAUCCACUUUGAUUUGUUUCUUCAACAAAUUUGUCUCUUCAAAUUCUUUUCAUAUCGCAACCAUCGGGUAUGUAAUAAAAGAAGAAGAAGAAGAAGAAGAAGAAGAAGAAGAAGUAGAAGAAGAAGGAGAAGAAGAAGAAUAAUAAUAAAGGGAAAAUACAGGUCGUCGGCAUCUUGGAAAAUUUUUUCAGAAGCGACGUCGCCCUUCCCCCUUAUCCCCCUUUUGCGACGCAAGGGAAAAUAAUAAGAAGAAGAGCGUUUCCAAGAAAGCGAACGCCUUCUCGGUAUAAUUACCACGACUGCGUUUACAUAUUGGCUCGGUUACUGGCGGCGUGGGUGUUAGGAGAGCAUAUGUGUAAACAGUAAUAAAACAUGUUAGUCGUGAGCCUCCUGGACCGAUCCGGAGGUGCGUCCACCUCCUCCUGAUCGUCAGCGAACACCAAACGAGAACGUUCCUUGGAAAGCUGCCGAUGGGCGGGGCUGGGCCAGCCUCUAAGAUCUCUCCCUGUCAAAUUAAAGACCCUAAAGAGCUUAGAAGUAUCAGCUUGACGAGCCGGAGAUUGCGGAAAACGCAGUCUCGCGCUAGCGACGUGCUGGCACGUCGAGUUCUACGACGUUCUCCGACGUUCUUCGACGUCCGUCGACGCGCGCUCGAUGUACAAGAGAUAUAUAUAUAUAUCAAGCUAUCAAUGAUGGAACCAAAUGGGAAUUAUCAUCGAGAACCCUUUUUAUCGGCGAGGAAUCAAAGAUUCCUCGAAUUGUCUGGCAGGAACGAUCUUUGGACCAGGGAGAUCUUACCAACCAUCUGUAGUUUACCAACCGAAUAUUAUAAUAUCACCGGAGUCCCAGAAAUGUUCAGAUUGGAGACUAAUCGAGCGUCAACCACGACGGGCAUGAACAGUCCUCGUCAUCAUCUCUCCUGUUGGGCCUUACCUCUGAUCGGUUACAAAGUAAAUUCCUCGCCUCGUUACGAGAAACCACCCUAUUCUUACAUAGCUCUGAUAGCCAUGGCCAUUAAUUCAUCGCCAAAACAAAGACUGACUCUGUCCGGUAUUUACAAGUUCAUCAUGGAGAGGUUUCCUUAUUACAGGGAAAAUCGACAGGGCUGGCAGAAUAGUAUUAGACACAAUUUAAGUUUGAACGAUUGCUUCGUCAAAGUACCACGUGACAAGAGUAAUCCCGACGAGGACGAGGAACAUGGUGCAGCUGGUAAAGGCAGUUAUUGGUGUCUCGAUCCGUCCGCCAACGAAAUGUUUGAGCAUGGUAAUUACAGACGUAGGAGAACUCGUAAACAGCGAGCAUUUUUACAGAGCAAAGAUGAAUCGCGAAGAUCACUGUUGCAACUUAUAGAAGACGAUCGAGGAAAGAUCGAGAGAUGGUGCGAAAUUGGAAGCAGAGAUAACGAUCUACAGAAGGAGAAGGAAAUUGAUUACGCGAGUGGUUCCGAACGUUGCGUUAAAUCGACCAUGUUCACGAUCGAUAAUAUCUUACGAAAGACAGCGCCCGAGGCUAAAAGUUAAACUUCUAUACCUUGUAAAUCCUCCAUUAAUUUUCUCUUAUUUCUAUUUAUUCGAGAGAGAGAGAGAGAGAGAGAGAGAGAGAGAGAGAGAGAGAGAGAGAGAGAGAGAGAAGGAACGCGUUCCAUUUCUUCGAUCGUAGCGUUGCUCUUCUUCUUCCUCUUCUUGUAUAUACAAAGGCUAAAAUGUAUAACAAAACUAGCAUACAGUAUACAAUACGUUACAUUGUAAUUACAUAUAUUAGGUACAAAUUAAAAUACGACGUGAAAGCCAAUUAUACUUUGGUGGAAGACAAUUAAUAAAAUGGUGAUAAACAGCAUAUCUUCUACCGUUUGUGCGUACAUACAGGUUGUACGUAAAGCUUUCAUAAAAAAUAUCUUAUGUUUAUGUGAAGGCCUCGCAUAAAGCCUUCAUCUCUAUCAAAUCGAUUUAUAAAAACGGCCAUCAUCGGUUCCAUGCACGCAAACAUAUGCAUUCGCGACUCAUACAAAGUUUGAUAAAAGAGAAAGCGUUUUUCCUAUCAAAUGAAUGUUUGUGUAUCUUAUAUUACGUAGAUUCUAUAUAAAAACUAUGUACUUCGUAUAUAAACAAUUCGUUCCUGCUAGUUAGUUUGUUGUACAAUUUGUAAUACUUGGAAAAAGAAUCCUAUAAAUUUCUUACCUUACAAUUCGAAUAUUCUUACUUCGUAGAAAUGCAGUAGUAAUGUGUGUGGAUUAUUUAUAUUAUAUCUAGCUAUUGCAUAUAUUUCACAAUAUGCAAAUAUAUAGGACGUUUUUCAUACCUUUAUGUAAUUAUCUAGAUUAAAAUAAAAUGACACUAAGCAUUCGGAUUUUUUCUCAUUAGAUUUAGGUCCGAAUCCAUCAUAUCUUUAACUAAAGCCUACAACAGAAUAAUGGAUGAUCGAUUAAGCUAAGCUUCAUUUAUAAUAUAUACGGAUGAAUUAAAACAAACCUCGAACGUAAUCGUCGGUUUCCAUCCAAAUUUUUCCUUUGCUUUAGUCGCAUCACCCAAUAGAACAUCCUAUAUAUCAUGAAUAUUUCAUAUAAAUAUAAUCCUCCGAUCUUAAAUAUUGUCAUUUCUAUUUGAUACUUACAACUUCCGUAGGUCGAAAAUAUUUCGGAUUAAUCCGUACCAAUACUUUUUCGUUAUCUGCGUCCUUUCCCGUCUCGUUUAUCCCCUCUCCUUCCCACUUGAUCGUACGUCCAACGUACUGAAAUGCAGCCUCUACAAAUUCUUUCACACUGUGAGACUCUCCCGUUGCUAUAACAUAAUCGUCUGGCGUUGAUUGCUGGAGCAUAAGCCACAUUGCCUGUAAUCGCGUACUUCGAUUAAAUUAGAUUUAAUAUAUUAAAAUAUU